AUGAGGAAGAAUCAGUGCUUAUUCAAUAAAAAAGCACCUGAUUCUUCUCAAUUAUUGCAUCUAUCGUCCUCAUCAUCAUCUUUCAUCUACUUUCUGGAGACAUUCCGGCGAGCUCACAAGGAGGACACCGGCAAUCUUCGUGCUCGUAAACGAGCUAAAAGAGAGGCCAUUGUUGGUCCUGCAGUUGAUAAAGAUGUAGAACAUGAAACCGUUGGACUCAAACUUGCUGCAUUGGUUCCCAAAGAGGUUCCAGUUAUAAAGAAGAAAAAUCCAGUGCUACAGAUUAAGUUCAAUACCAAGCCAAUAAAUAAGGAUAUGGAUGAAGAUGAUGGUAAGAUCAGUGAUCCUGCAGUGCCCACCAAUUCAGGAAAGUUUUACUUAACACCCGAGGAAAUAAGCAGAGGGAAGAUGCCCCCGGAGGAAAUACUAUCUCUUCCUAUGUUCAAGAACUAUGCCACUGGGAAUCCUGCGACUGUUCUUUACAUCAAGAACUUGGCGAAAGAUGUGGUGGUGGAUGAUUUCUAUUUCAUAUUUGGUUCACUUUUUGAAAGUGUUGAGAAUGCCAAGUCUAAUCUAAACAUCAAGCUUAUGCAGGAGGGUCGAAUGAGGGGUCAAGCUUUUGUGACAUUUCCAACCAUAGAUCUCGCCCAUCGAGCCUUGAAUUUAGUGAAUGGAUAUUUGUUCAAAGGAAAACCAAUUAUUAUCCAAUUCGGCCGCAGCCCUUCUGUCAAAACAAGCUGAGAUUGAAUUAUAUUUGCAAAUUGUGUCAUCUUACAUUGAUUAUUCAAUUGGGUGUUAUUAUUGUGUCACGGGUAACCUGUUCGAGUUUGUUAGUUCAAAAACAUUACUUGAAUGCUAGUUUUGUAAAUAUAUAAAUUUGGAGUGAUAUGUGUAUAACCAUCCCUUUAGCCUUA